GAAUUUAUUCCAAAAUAAGAUUGAAAGAAAUUUAAUUUUGUGAAGCAAUCACAACGUUUAAGUGUCUACACAUUGUUUGUUUUGAUAAUAUUUUUUAAAUUGAUAUCAAUAUGUCAGCGUCACUUGGUGGUGUUCCAGUAAACGAAAGCAAUAUUUCAAAUCUCAAGGACAUGCUUCAAACUUAUAAUCGUAUUACAGAACAAUGUUUCCAAAGAUGUGCAAAGUGUUUUAAUAGUAUUGGAUUGAAUGAGGAUGAGAAAAUGUGUGUGGAAUCCUGCAGUAGCAAAUUCGUGGCCGGCAAUCAAAAGAUGAUUGCCACUUUUGUUGAACUUCAGCAAAAGAAAAACAAGGAAGCAACAGAUGAAGCUGCAAAACUAGCAGCAAAACAAGCAACAGAUGAAGCUGCAAAUUUAGCAGCAAAACAAGCAGAAACUGAAGAGAAAUCUGAUACAUGA